AUGAGUUCAGGAGUAACUCAAACGAUUGAAUCUCUCAUUGGGCCGCCGUCUGAACCUAUCUCCGUCUCAGAAUUCCUGACUUCUGAUGAACAUGCUCGGAACCGACAAGCUGUAGCGGCGACCACGCAAAUCUGGAACGGGCUGUCUGAGGAGGAGCGCCAGCAGAUCGAGAGAGAUUGCAGUGUCGAUGACCUCAAGGAAAAUCUGGAACGAACAUGGGACGACCCAACGUUGUCGACCUAUAUCCUGAAAGAACAUGAGUCGUCUGCGAACGCGCUGUAUCAGGCAAAUCCGAAGGGCAGGGUUAGGUCAAGCCGGAAGUCGUAUCUACCUGAUCCUGAAGAUUUGCCUACUGAAGUGCUGAAUCUCCAGAAGGAGUUCGACAAAGUUCCGUUGGAAAGUUGGAAAACAAAUCUGGAGACUUCGUUGUUCGUGAGGCCUCCCCGGAACGCAGACUAUAAUACCCUCGAGAGUGUGAAAUCCUCCUUUCGUGAAGUUCUGGGAGCAGAGAAAGAACACCAAGCUGUUCUGACUGCUUCGAUCUAUAGCAAGGUUCCUUGGGGACCCAGCUAUGUGACCCGGAUAUGUCAACAUGCGUCGCCACAGGAGGCGGAGAAGAAGAUUGGGGUUCGGGAGAAGCUGGUGUGA